AUACGUUCACAUGAUAUGGGAUCAAUAAACUGAAAGGGUUUCGUCAUUCGACGAAAUUUAGAAUUAAUUGGAAAAGUUUAUUGUGAUUGAUCGAACGCAAGUUUCCGUCUGAUAGGAUUGUGGUGAAACCUUCGAGUGAGAAAAUGGCAGAUAAAUUGAAAAUAUGGCGGAUUUGUGCAUGAGAUAAGUUAAAUUGAAAAGUGACGUAUGAAUCCUCGUGUCGUCCAUGUAUGUAUAAUAGAAGGGGAACAGAUGAUUGUGAUGAUAUUAGAGCAAUGAGACAAGAAACGUCAAAUGCAUAAAUAAUCGAUGAACUUUGAACUUUUAUACGUAUUAGAGAAUAAAGAGAAAAAAGAAAUAGAUAUUAAAGGUCGAAGGUGUUCAUCUAUAUUCAACGAUCGACAAUCGUAAGUCUUUUUACAAGUGGAUUAGAAGUAAAAAAGAAAAGGAUAAAGAUAAAGAGAAAGUAAGAAAAAUGAGUUCGGUUUGGAAACGACUUCAACGGGUAAACAAAAGAGCGGCGAAAUUCCAAUUUACCGUUUCGUAUCACGAAGUCACUCUCGAGACAACAACGAAAUGGAAACCAAACAAAUUAAGCGUCGUAUGGACAAGACGCAGUAGAAGAGUUAGUACAGAACCAUUGGAUUGGGAACCAAAUUUAAGCGAUCCAUUGAAAGGUGUUAUUAGUUGGCCAGUUCCAGACAAUCAUACAGUUUCUGUAACGUUGUUUAAAGAUCCUCGGACUCAUGAAUUAGAAGACAAGGAUUGGUCUUUUGUUAUUGAAGAUGUUUCUUCUACGGGUAAAAGGCGACAUGUAGCUGCUGCAAAUAUAAAUAUGAAAAAGUAUGCUACACUCGAAUCUAGUCAACAACAACUUAAAUUAGAUUUGAAACCGACUUCCAAAAAAAUUGUUAGUGCUACAUUAGAAUGUACAUUAUCAUGUGUAUUUUUGAGAGAAGGCAAAGCAACGGAUGAAGAUAUGCAGAGUAUGGCUAGUUUGAUGUCAGUUAAUAAUAACAGUGAUAUCGCUCCGUUAGAUGAUUUUGAUAAUGAGGAUAUACCCGAAGAUGUAGAAGAAGUUAUAGUUAAAAAUAUGGAUGAGAUUUUGGAUAUUUCUGCUCAACUUGAUUUAAUGACAAGUAGUCUUACUGAAAGUGAAUUACCUAGCACUCCAAUCAGUGUGGCAAGUUUAUCCAAAGAUGAUACAACUCCUGUAAAUGAUGAUGAUCAUUUCAUACGUGAAAUAAGUUUAACAGGGAUCGGAGAUGCUUUGAAAGACAAGUCACCUUUAAAGGAUAAUGUUGCGGUUGAAAAUGACAAAAAUAUUGAACAUAGUUCAUUGAGAUUGCCGUUGCAGCCAUUAGACUUUAAAAAGAAUGAAAUGAAUAUGCCUAAAUUAAAGGAAGUUACACCUGGUCAAGAUUUGUUGGAAUGGUGUAAAGAAGUGACAAAAGAUUAUCCCGGUGUUAAAGUUACUAACUUAACAACAUCUUGGAGAAAUGGAAUGGCAUUUUGUGCUAUUAUUCAUCAUUUUAGACCUGAUCUUAUUGAUAUAGAAUCCUUAUUAUCACAUGAUGUAAAAGGUAAUUGUAAAAAAGCAUUUGAUGCAGGAGAAGCUCUAGGAAUUCCUAGAGUGAUAGAGCCUGCUGAUAUGGAUAUAUUAACUGUACCUGAUAAAUUAGCUGUGAUGACAUAUUUAUAUCAAUUGAGAGCACAUUUCACAGGACAUGAAUUGGAGGUACAUCAAAUAGGUAAAACAACUGAUGAAUCUUCUUAUAUGAUUGGUAGAUUUAAUACGGAUAAUAAUACAGAUGUAAGCGUACAAUUGUUUGGUCAAGAAAUAAUUAAUUUACGUAAAAAGGAGCAAAUGGAACAAAGAAAUAACAAAACGGACAGUAAUAGACGGUCAAAUCCAUUUGAUAACAAUCAAUAUAAAAAGGAUGAUAUCAGUAUUGACACAAUAAAAAAUAAAUUACAUUUGAGUUUAAAUGCAGAUAAUCAAGAUGAUCAAUUUAAUAAAGACAAAUCACCUUCCAGCGUAAAAGAUGUUAAAGAUAUUAUACUUGCUAGUUCAAAAAGCAUUUUGGGAAAAGUUUUAUCUCCGACAAAAGAAAAAUAUGCAUCUAGAGAGAAGAGCAAGUCUCCACCCAGAAUACCUCAAGCGCAGCAACGUCCUAUACUUAUGACACGCCGGCAAUUAACAGACCCAUUCGGGUCUGACGACGAGGAGGAAAAUAUUCAAAUUAUCGAUGACAAAUGGUCUCAAUCAAUUUCUAUUACGAAAUCGCAAUCGCCAGUUCGUGAUGACUCAAUUAAUACUGUCGAUAAAGGAAGUCGAGGUAAUUCAGAAUGUCAAAGUGCUUCACCUCCGCAUGGAGAACAACGUGCACAACAUCCUUUAGUUAGUCGGCAUGAUGAAUUGAGAGAACGUGCAAGACAGUUGUUAGAACAGGCCAGAAAUCAAUCAAAGCCUGCUGGCAUUGUUUCCGUUGCUACUAGUCCAGUUGAGACUCAAAGUGACGAUGAAAGACAACAACAAUUACGAGAAAGAGCAAGACGUUUGAUAGCAGAAGUAAAAAUGGGUGUUAAUGUUAAUCCAAGUCAAAAUAAUGAUGAUAAUAAUAGUGAUAGACGAUCAAUGGAUGAUCAAAAUAAUAGUCCAAGAAGAAGUGUUACACCAUCUACACCUGGUGAUAGAUUAAGCUUAAAGUCUGAAUACAAUGGAAAUAUAUUAGGUAAUACAAGUGAAGUGGAAAAGAAAACUGGUUCACCUUUAUAUUCGUUCUCUAAAAUUAUAGAAAGAAUUUCUCCCGAUAAAACUAGUCCCGAUAGAACUGCAUAUACUCUCAGAGGCUUGGGUAAAGAUAUGACAUCAUAUAUUCAAAACGAGCUUGAAGCUUUGGAAAGAGAACAAACUCAGAUAGAUAUACAAGCUGGUAAACUUGAGAAACAACUUAGAGCUGCCAUGGAAAGUGAUAAUGAAGAUGAAACUGAAAGACUGAUGUCUCUGUGGUUUACACUUGUUAAUAAGAAAAAUGCUCUAUUGAGAAGGCAAAUGCAAUUAAAUAUAUUAGAGAAAGAAGAUGAUUUAGAACGUCGUUUCGAACUUUUAAAUCGCGAAUUAAGAAGCAUUCUUGCUGUGGAAGAUUGGAGAAAGACAACUGAACAAAAAAUGCGUGAAAAUUUAUUGUUGGAAGAAUUAGUGUCAAUUGUUAACAAAAGAGAUGAGUUGGUGCAUCAUCUUGAUACUCAAGAAAGAGCUAUUGAGGAUGACGAUGAAAUAGAACGCGAUUUAUCAAGAGCAGGUUUAGCUCAGCGAAAUAAAAAUUGUGUCGUGCAAUGAACAUCUGAUUUAAUGUCGUCAUUAUAUUUUUUAAGUUCAAGGUAAACCAAUUGGUAAAGUAUAUGCGAUAUUUUUGAAAAAAAAAAAGAAAAAAGAAUAAAACAAAACAAAACAAAACAAAAAUGAUAAUAAUAAUAAAUAACUAGUUCAGCAGUAAUAUAAGAGCAAUAACGAAGUUAAACAUACCGUGUCUUGAAUCAUGCGAUAUAUGCAUUACAGGCACUAUUCAUUUUAUUGUGGAGUUGCCAAAGAAAAUAAAAAAUGUCCAGUGUGUA